GGGGUCGGCCAGCGGCUGCGGAGCGGUGGGGCGUCCGCGGCGGGUCCGGGAGCAGCGUCGGCGAGAGACGGGCGGGCAGGCGGUUCUGCCCCUCAGCGAGCGUUGCUGACUUCUUCCGUGGCUGCCUCCUCUUUUGAAAAUGGUCAAGCUGGACAUCCACACCUUGGCUCACCACCUGAAGCAGGAGCGGCUCUACGUCAACUCGGAGAAGCAGCUGAUCCAGAGGCUGAACGCCGAGGUGCUGAAGACGGCCGAGAAGCUGUACCACACAGCGUGGAUCUCCAAGCAGCAGAGGAUCAACUUGGACCGAUUAAUCAUAACCAGCGCGGAUGCCUCGCCGGCGGAGUGUUGCCAGCACGCCAAAGUGCUGGAGGACACGCAGUUUGUGGACGGCUACAAGCAGCUGGGCUUCCAAGAGACGGCCUACGGCGAGUUCCUCCACCGGCUGCGCGAGAACCCUCGCCUCAUCGCCUCCUGCCUGGUGGCCGGCGAGAAGCUAAGCCAGGAGAGCAUCCAGAGCGUCAUCCACACUGUCUUCACCUCCCUCUACGGCAACUGCAUCAUGGCCGAGGACGAGAGCUUCCUCCUCCAGGUCCUGCGCUACCUGAUCGAGUUCGAGCUGAAGGAGAGCGAGAACCCCCGGCGGCUGCUGAGGCGGGGCACCUGCGCCUUCAGCAUCCUCUUCAAGCUCUUCUCCGAGGGCCUCUUCUCCGCCAAGCUCUUCCUGACCGCCACCUUGCACGAGCCCAUCAUGCAGCUGCUGGUGGCGGACGAAGACCACCUGGAGACCGAGGCCCACAAGCUCAUCGAGCGCUUCUCGCCCGCCCAGCAGGAGAAGCUCUUCGGGGAAAAGGGGUCGGAGCGGUUCCGCCAGAGGGUCCAGGAGAUGGUGGAGACCAACGAGGCCAAGCUGGUGGCCCUGGUCAACAAAUUCAUUGGUUACCUCAAGCAGAACACCUACUGCUUCCCGUACAGCCUGAGGUGGAUCAUGUCCCAGAUGUACAAGACGCUCUCCUGCGUGGAGCGGCUGGAGGUGGGCGAGGUCAGGGCCAUGUGCACGGACCUCCUCUUGGCCUGCUUCAUCUGCCCAGCGGUGGUCAACCCCGAACAGUAUGGGAUCAUUUCGGAUGCGCCCAUCAACGAAGUGGCCAGGUUUAACCUGAUGCAGGUUGGGAGGCUUCUGCAGCAACUAGCUAUGAUUGGUUCCGAAGACGGAGAUCCCCGCAUCAAGUCCAACCUGGGGAAGUUUGACAAGGGCUGUGUGGCUUCGUUCCUGGAUGUGGUCAUUGGCGGCCGGGCGGUAGAAACCCCGCCGAUGUCUUCCGUUAAUCUCCUGGAAGGGCUGAGUCGAACGGUGGUUUAUAUGACCUACAGCCAACUUACUACCCUGGUUAGCUUUAUGCGAAACGUCAUGUCCGGCGAUCAGCUCAAGGAAGACCGCGUGGCUCUCGAAAACCUGCUCUUAAAUCUACCCCAGAACAAGCCGGGGAAAAGUGGGAGCCAGGAGUUGACGCCUUACAACACUCCGCAGCUCUCGCCUGCAACGACGCCAGCCAGUAAAAAAAAUCGAUUGGCCAUCGGACAACAAUUGGCUACCAUCGCUGCCUGGGAUAGCUCUGCUACGAACCUCACAGCUCAUAUAAAUCUCGUAACCCCUUUUGCCACGCGCAGUAGGAGCCGUUCCAAUAUUCAGAUGGACCAACAUCCAGAUUACGAGGGAUUCUCCCAAGAGACCAUACAGGAAGUCCAACCGGAAGAAGUUUUGGUCAUUUCUCUUGGGACUGGUCCACAAAUCACGCCUGGAAUGAUGUCAGAAAAUGAGGUUUUAAACAUGCAGCUGGCUGAUGGGGGUCAAGGCGAAGUUCCUGUUGACGAUUCCAAACUCCACGGUAAACCUGAUAAAACCCUGAGGUUUUCCCUCUGCAGUGAUAAUCUGGAAGGCAUAUCCGAAGGCCCUUCUAAUCGCUCCAAUUCGGUGUCCUCGCUGGAUUUAGAGGGGGAAUCUGUUUCGGAAUCGGGGGCUGGCCCAUCGGGAAGUAACGGAGUGGAGGCCUUGCAGCUUCUGGAGCGUGAACAAGCUACUACCCAGGACAAUCUGGACGAUAAGCUCCGCAAAUUUGAAAUCCGCGACAUGAUGGGCUUGACCGAAGACCGGGACAUCUCGGAAACCGUGAGCGAGACCUGGAGCACGGACGUGCUGGGGAGUGACUUCGACCCCAAUAUCGAUGAAGACCGUUUGCAGGAGAUCACAGGGGCCACCGCCGAAAACGUCUUGGGCAACUUGCUGUGUUUGCCUGGUUCCAGCUCGGUGCUGUUCGACCCCUGCACAGGCUCCACCAUCUCAGAAACCACCAGCGAAGCUUGGAGCGUGGAGGUCCUGCCAAGUGACUCAGAGGCUCCAGACCUGAAGCAGGAAGAAAGGCUGCAAGAAUUGGAGAGCUGCUCGGGGGUAGGAAGCGCCUCCGACGAUACCGAUGUGAGGGAAGUGAGUUCCCGGCCCAGCACACCUGGCCUCAGUGUGGUCUCAGGGAUUAGCGCGACGUCCGAAGACAUCCCGAACAAGAUAGAGGAUCUCCGGUCGGAGUGCAGCUCCGACUUCGGUGGGAAAGAUUCGGUCACCAGCCCCGACAUGGACGAAACGGUGCACGGCGCCAGCCACUUGACCUCCCCUCCCUGCCCAGCAGACUCCCUUCUCGCCAUGUUCGACCCCUUGGUGUCUCAUGAAGUGGUCAGGCCCAAAGUCCACUACGCCCGGCCGUCUCACCCGCCCCCGGACCCCCCCAUCUUGGAAGGCAGCCUGGGCGGGAGCGACGCCCGCCUGCCCAACUUCACCUCCCACAUGGCCCUACUCUUCGACGCGGAGACCUUCAAGCAGCGCUACUCCUACCCGGAAAGGCUGGUGCGCAGCAGGAGCUCCGACAUCGUCUCGUCCGCACGGAGGCCCAUGAGCGAUCCCGGCUGGAACAGGCGAGCGGGAAACGAGGAGCGGGAACUUCCGGGGCCCGGGGGCAACGUCGGAGGGGGAGCGGCGAUCGCCGGGCCGCAGUCUUCGUCCUCGUCUCCGAGCAAAGAUUCCUGCAGGGGAGAGAUCGAAGACCGGAAAGACAGCGAUGAUGAGAAAUCUGACAGAAACAAACCCUGGUGGAGGAAGCGUUUCGUUUCAGCCAUGCCCAAAGCUCCAAUUCCAUUUAGAAAAAAAGAAAAGCAAGACAAGGAGAAGGACGACUUCAUGACCGACCGAUUUCCCUCUCUUCAAGAUGAUUCCAGCCCUCGGCUGGGCACUCAAGCCCAGGCGGCCGAAGAUAUUCUGGACAAGUACAGGAACGCCAUCAAGCGCGCCAGCCCUUGCGAGGCAGCCGUCGUGAAUUAUGACAGCACCGAAGCCAUGGGAGACAGCGAGAGCCUCCACGACGCCUUGCAAAACAUCUCGGCCGACGACCUUCCCGAUUCGGCCAGCCAGGCAGCUCAGCCGCAGGACUCCUCCACUUUCUCCUACAGGGACGCCAAGAAGAAGCUGCGCCUGGCGCUCUGCUCCGCUGACUCGGUAGCCCUCCCGGUGUUGUCCCAUUCCACGCGGAACGGCCUUCCCGACCACACAGACCCUGAAGACAAUGAAAUCGUCUGCUUCCUCAAAGUCCAGCUGGCCGAAGCCAUCAACCUCCAGGACAAGAACCUGAUGGCCCAGCUCCAAGAGACCAUGCGUUGCGUCAGCCGGUUCGACAACCGGACUUGCCGGAAACUGCUGGCCUCCAUCGCCGAGGAUUACAGGAAACGGGCCCCUUACUUCACCUACCUGACCCGCUGUCGCCAGGGCCUCCAGACCACCCAAGCCCACCUGGAACGGCUGCUGCAGCGAGUGCUGAGGGACAAGGAGGUGGCCAAUCACUAUUUCACCACCGUCUGCGUCCGUCUGUUGCUGGAGAGCAAAGAGUCCAAGAUCAGGGAAUUCAUUCAGGAUUUCCAGAAGCUGACCGCGGCGGACGACAAAACGGCCCAGGUGGAAGACUUCCUGCAGUUCCUCUAUGGGGCGAUGGCCCAGGACGUCAUCUGGCAGAACGCCAGCGAGGAACAGCUGCAGGACGCCCAGCUGGUGAUCGAACGCAGCGUCAUGAACCGCAUCUUCAAACUGGCCUUCUACCCCAACCAGGAUGGGGACAUCCUGCGGGAUCAGCUCCUCCAUGACCAUAUCCAGAGAUUGUCCAAAGUGGUGACGGCAAACCAUAAAGCCCUUCAGAUCCCAGAGGUCUACCUGCGGGAAGCCCCCUGGCCAUCGGCCCAAGCCGAGAUCUGCACCAUCAGUGCCUACAAGACCCCCCGAGACAAGCUGCAGUGCGUCCUGAGGAUGUGCUCCACCAUCAUGAACCUGCUGAGCUUGGCCAAUGAGGACUCGGUCCCCGGAGCGGACGAUUUCGUUCCCGUGCUGGUCUUUGUCCUUAUCAAGGCCAACCCGCCCUGCCUCCUGUCCACCGUCCAGUACAUCAGCAGCUUCUACGCCAACUCUCUCACCGGGGAGGAGUCGUACUGGUGGAUGCAGUUCACUGCCGCCGUGGAGUUCAUCAAGACCAUCGAUGAACGGAAGUGAGCCCAAGGCCGGCCGUUUCUGCUCCGGGGAGCCCCGGGGCCCACGGGAAAAAACUCCCCACUGAAUGUAAUUUCUCCUGGUUCCCUCUUGGGCCAGAGAGAUCCCAGCGACGGACGGACGAAGGAGAGCCUCAGUUUCCCUCUUGUGUAAAUACGGUAUUAAUCCGACUAAUAGGGUGCUUUGGAGAAUGACUUGGAUGUGUUUCUCAUAUUAUUAUUAUUAAUUAUUAUUAUUAUUUUGUUGUAUCCCAAACAAAAGAUUUCCCCCUGCUGCUUUUUUUCGUUUAGAAAACUAGCACCGUUUCCACCCAGAUUCCAAAGGGACCAUGUUUUUAUAAGGAAUCCUGGAAUCUUCCCAAGGUCUCUCUCUCUCCCUCUCUCUCUCCCUCUCUCCCUCUCCCUCUCUCUCUCUUUUUCCCUCUCGUCACUGGGAAUCUCAACGGAUGAGGUGGCCUGUUCGUUUCCCUGGGGUAGUUUUACUGUUCUUUCUCAAAUAACAAUAAUUA